CUUUUUUCUUUUUCUUUCCUGAUUGAAUCAUCUAUAUUUUAUAAUUUCUUGCUAAACUACGCCUCUCUCUCUUUAUACAAAUGUCAUCUCAACACAUACACAUUCCGCCACUUUCUAUAAAAACUCUCAUUUCCCUCCAACCCCCCCUUCGCGCGGCCUGUAUUUUAAUCCUCUUUUCCUUCCUCUCUCUCUCUCUCUCUUUUUCCUUUCUCUUCCUACCUCCGUCCGUGGUUUUAACAACCUUCCUAUCCUUACCACGUUUUACACACUACCUCUAUCCCUAUCCCACACACAUACGUUCACAUACGGUAAUACAGUAAAGCACACAUUUCCCCUUUCCCCCCUCCUCCUCCCUUUCCCUUUCCCUUCCUCUCUCCCUCUCUUUCAUAUACAUAAAUUCCCUCCAUAAAUGAAAAAAAUCCUUCUCUCCAUCGCAGCGCUGGUCUGCGCUGCUCAAACAGUCUCUGCACAAGUCACAUACUCUCCGCCUCCCAAAGACACUGUUGGCCAUACAGCCAUCCUAGCCAACAAUACAGUCUUCAUCCAAGGAGGUUCCACCCCCACAAAUCCCACUGGUGCUUCCUAUGCCAUCCUUUUGACUCCGCAAGGUUCCAUGUCCAAUGGGACCGGUGAAGCCAAAUGGCAAGAGACAGGUGCCCUCAGCAAAUUCACUCCUCGAAACUACUUUGCUUCUGCAGCGACUGAUUCAACCAUGGUCAACUGUGGAACCAGAGAUGGUAAUCAGGGGAGAGGAAUGACCUGUGAUCUGCUCGAUGUCACAUGGUAUAAUCAUACACGGUUAGAUGUACCCACGAAUAUCCUCAACAGAGGUGGAAUGGCCUACACUCUCACUAAUAAAGCCAACAAGGCUUAUUUCGUGGGUGGUGCUACCGAUGCUAAUAAUGUGAAAUCCGUCGUUGGAACUGUCAACGAGCUCACUCUUUCAAACGGAGGAGUAGCUUGGAGCACGAUUCCUGAGAUGGAUCAGGCACUCAGAUAUCAUACUGCCACAUGGGUCGAUGAUGUGAAUGGCAUUCUUGUCCUUGGAGGUCAAAACAGUAUUGGAGCAGCUCAGCCUUUGGGAGCAAGUCAAUUGUUUACCAAUGGAAAUUGGACAUCCAAGGCUAUUUUGGGUACUCCUGGGCAACAGACUCGCUUUGGACACACAGUUACCAGCGAUGGAAAUGGUACUCUGUAUCUCUUUGGAGGUAUGGUCGCCGAAGGUGCUGCCCCAUCCAGAGAUAUGUUGGUUAUUAAUACAAAAGACAACACCUGGACAUGGAUGGACGCCCUCCCAGCCCCAGAAGGUCGUGCAUUCCAUACUGCAACCCUUCUGCCUGACAAGACCAUCUUGUAUAUGUUUGGUCAAACCGGUGCUGAUCCCAAGACUGCCACAAACAAAUACAUGAUCUUUGACACACAGAAAGGGUCAUGGAGCAAGGUCUUUGAGCCUCCCACCAUUGUUACCAUCACGGUCUCGCCCAAUUAUGUGCCACCACCACCACCACCAGUACCUCCAAAUCAAAAUGAAAGCCCUAAUAGUAAUCCUAAUCAUCCCAAAACACCAGACAACGGCGGUUCAGGUUCAGGUUCAGGAGGCUCUGGCGGUAGCUCGACAGGCGCCAACAUUGCGAUGAUUGCAGGAAUCUGCGGUGGUAUUGUUGCCCUGCUUUUCUUGAUUCUCAUUGCAAUCUUGUUGAUCCGUCGUCGUAAGCGCCGCAAUCGUCCAGUUUCACACCAUUUCCCUCCAGCCCCCAAGAAGGAGAUGAAGAUCAUGUACAACAAUGAUGAGGACGAGAAAGCCAAGCAGGCCAAGGCGUUCAUGAUCCGCAAGCCCGAUAGCGUUUAUGUGGUCGAUGAUCAAGGACCAGAUCCGGAGAUCCCUCAUCCGCAGUAUAAUAACGGUUAUUACGGCGAUGGCCGCCAUUCUCCCAGUGGAACAGAAGAGUAUGAACUGAGAAAUGCUGCUUCAUCAUCAUCUGCUGCUGCUGCUGCUGCUGCUGCUGGGCUUCCUUCGUAUCGCAGGCACAAUCAUGACAGGACGCUGUCUACAGUCAGCAGCCUGGCAGAGCGGCGGCGUUACGUUGAAGAGCAGCAGCGACAGCUCAUUGACGGUUAUCAAAAUACUUAUAAUAGCCCGCCACCUUUUGAUUCAUAUAGUAACGAGGAUGACCGCUAUUAUCCAGAAGAGGACGAGGAGGCCCUUCCAAGAUCAAGGAAUACCAAUGGUCGUAAUGACAACAUUGGUUCUUCUUCAGUAGGUCCACGGUACCCUCGAAACCAGAACAAUAACGGACGAAAUGAACACCAUCCUGCGGACGAUUACUUUUAA